AUGGCGUACUACUGCUAUGAUUGUGACCGCCCCUUCAAGUUCUUUUCCGCUCUUCAACAGCACAUGCGUGACUCAGUCAACCACCCCUGGUACUGCGCCACCCAUGACGCAGAUUUCAAUUCCCAAGUCGGCUUGAGAGAACACUUGGUCCAAAGCCCUGACCAUGACUACUGCCAGUACUGCGAUAUCCACUGUUACGACGAGGAAGACCUCCAGAUGCACUUCCAAGAAGAACACUACUGGUGCAGCUCGUGCAACAAGGUCUUCAUUAACGAAAAAGCCUUAGAAGAACACUACCGCCAAUCCCCGCGCCACCACUACUGCGUCCCAUGCAAGCAUCUCUUUUCCUCCGCAAAUAACCUCACAGCCCACCUCAACUCCUCCAUCCACACACCCAAGAACUAUAUGUGUCCCGCCAAGGGGUGCGGACUCAAAUUCGUCUCCCAGUCCGCUGUAGUACUCCACCUCGAAGCGGGGACGUGUAAAUCAGGCAUCGACCGCGCGAAACUAAACAAAUUCGUACGCGACAACGACCGGAACAAUCUCAUCACGGAUUCGUCCCGUCUCUUGACGGGUGGUAACCCUGAUCGCGAGGUCAAGCACUACGCUACGGAUGCAGCGUGGAACGGAUACGCGUACGAGUGUUAUCUCUGUUAUGGGACGUACCGGACGCUUGCUGCGUUGAACCAACAUCUGGCGAGCCCGCGUCAUCAGGAGAAGAUUUAUAUUUGUCGUUGGGAGUCGUGUAAGACAAGGUUUACGACGCUUAGUGCGUUGUGCCAGCAUAUUGAGAGUGAGAGGUGUGGUAUAUCCAAGUUUGGGCCUGCUAGGCGGGCGAUGGAUGGAUUUGUGCGUAGUACGGCGCGCAUUACGAACUAGUGGACCUUGCGGAAUUACGUUCAAGAAAGCCGCAUAUAUUUGGUUCCAAGUUGCAGUUCUUUCGACGGUUCUUCCGUUCUCGUGGCUAGCUCUAACAGCAUUCCUCGCAUCGUCGCGACUCGAAGUUCCAUCAUAGCUCACAGAUUCUUUCCGUGAAUGCUCUCGCCACUCACAUUUCUCUUCGAGCUUCCGACAUUCUCGCCACGCGCACUGUCCGCUCGUCAUCGUAACCUAGAAAUCUUUCAAUGUUUCGCGAGUCACCCCGCUGUCCAUCCGUCAUCUUAAACGACGAUUCUUCCGAGCUUUUCUACAUCCUCGCAAGUCGUCGUUCACGUGGUCCAGCUUUUCCUCAAAUUCUUACAAGAACUCUUUGUACAUUCCCGCAUUCUCGCAACUCGCGCUAUCCAACCCUCGUCAUAAAUCCUUUUAAUAUUUCCUGCACUCUCGCCGUUCAUCCCUUUCUUCCAGUCAUUCACAAUCAUAGUUCCACUCCAUUCUAUAGUAGAGCCAAGUCGUUGGAUCAAUCCUUGACACCACAUAAUUUGCAUUCCCAUUGUGCAUAACUACAUGCCUGUAUUUUUGUACAUAAAUGAAUCGAGAGCUAUUCACCGUU